UUGAAUCAGAGAAACAGAAGGAUGAUGAGGAAACAAGAGAUAGCGAAGAAAAACAAGAAGAUGAAGCGGCAAUAGACGAGUCAAAUACUGAGAAUGUUGAAUCAAUGGACUUUAAAGAACUGCAAAAGAAACUGUUGGAUUAUCAGAAUAGUUUAGACCAGGAUGCCGGGGUUUUGUGCCCGGAGAAUGAAGACCGUAUAGUAGAUUCCUCAAGAGAUAUUCAAACAAGUACGAAUGAGAUAUUGCAGGUUAAUCAUCUCUCGAAUGAAAUUUCAACAAGGGAGGUGUCGCUUGCGGGAGAAAGGAGAAGUAACAUAGUGGAAUUCAAGGAUGAAAACACACAAGCUGGUAAUCCUGUUGUGAAUUGGACACAGCAAAGUGAGGGAAAGAGGUAUGGCGGAAAUGAACGCUCAUUUCAAAAAUACAAAGGAGGAAGAGGUCGUGGGCGGAGGAAUAAUACUGGAUUAUUGGAGAACACAAAGGAUGACAGGGAAUACCACGGAUAUUCAAGUGAUAAACGUGGAUCAAGGUGGAAUUCGAGAGACAUGAAGGGAUACCAAUAUGGGGUAAUGGGGAACAAUAUUGAAUAUACAGGGUAUCCUCAAUGGAAUGAUAAUAGUUCUCCGGAGAUUUUCAGGAAUGCUGGUGGUAGACUACAGAGUACCGGAAGGGAUGUGAGAGGAUUUGCGUAUGAUAAACCUUGGAUAUUCAGCAGAUCUCAAGAAAUUCAACCCGCGUCAUCUUCGUCAUACAACGCUAACUUUGGCACAACUCGUGUUCCCUUCGGCUCAAUGUCGGCGCCUGUUGGGUGUUUCAUCUGUGGUAGCGAAGACCACCGCUCAGCGUACUGUACGAAUAAUUCAGCAAUGUUUGACUGAGAUUUGUUCCAAUAUUAAUUGCUUCGUUUUGUUGAUUUUUGUACUAAUAGCUCAUAGCUGUAAGUGCGGUCAGUAGCGUAGCCAGCCUGUCGAUUUGUCCCGCUAUGCUAAUAUUUUAGUGUUCACUGACUGUGAAAA